AUGGCGCCGAUCAUGCAUUCACCCAAGAAAGACAAGGAUGAUCCGAGGAACUCGGAAAACGAGAGUGAAAGGGAAAACGAAAGUGGAGAGGAAGACGAACCACAGCCUGUUAUCCCCGUGAGUGAACAGAAACGUCGUCAGCAGCAAGUAGAGCUGCGAAAAAAGAAGAAUGAAGACAUGACUGUACUGGUGAAAAAAAAGGAUACAGUGGACAGAAAAGUUCGUCGCAUCCAGAUCGCGUUGCAGCAUCCAAACGCGGAAGAUAUGCAUUAUCUUCAGCUGCAAAUGAAAAUGUUGGACAGUGCUUACACUGAGUACAACGACCUACAAAAUCGCAUAUACGACCUAAACCCCAGUGAAGAAGUGCGUUAUGGAGAAGAGAUGAGAUUCAUCGAGUUUGAAAAGCUGUAUAGUGGACUUUUUGUGCAGAUUACGAAACGCAUUGAUGCUGCAGCAAAAAACAUGAUGGUGCCGGCAGUAGUGCAACCCGUGAACAACUUGCCCUCCGUUCCUCCGUUGAAGACUCCAUUGCCUACUUUUGACGGCAAUUUUGAAAAUUGGUUUGCGUUCAAGAAUAUGUUCGAGAACGUAAUGGCUCAUUACCCGACGGAAUCAGCGGCGAUAAAGUUGUACCAUUUGCGAAAUUCGUUGGUUGGUGCAGCUGCUGGCGUGAUCGACCAGGACAUCAUAAACAACAAUGACUACGAUGCUGCCUGGGCGACGUUGCGUGAGCGCUACGAGAACAAGCAGGCCAUUGUUGACAAGCAUAUCGAUGCAAUGUUCAACUUGCCUGCGAUGAUGAAGGAGAGCACGACCGGUCUACGAAAACUAAUCGACACAUGUUCGAAGAACGUCGAUGCUCUUAGAAACCUACAGUUACCAGUCAACGGAUUGGGCGAGAUGAUGCUGCUGAAUGUGCUGUCCAAGAAAUUCGACAUUGAUACCCAGAAAGCGUGGGCGUUGAACCAGAAGGACAAAGAACUGGCGGAUUAUAAAUCAACGAUGGAGUUUCUCAAAGAAAGGUGUAAAGUGUAUGAGAAGAUCAGCCGUAGUAGCAAGGCUCCAUCGGAGGUUGUGAAGAUAGUGCGUCCUGUGGGAAAGAUGGAUUCGAAAGUGCACAGCCUUGUUACUACUAGUGCAAAGUGUUCGUACUGUAAUGGUGAUCACGAAAUAUGGAAGUGUGAUGCGUUUAAAAAAGUGAGCCUAAGCGAAAGGUACACUUCCCUUCGGAAGAGUGGUUCCUGUUUCAAUUGUUUGGAACGGGGCCAUAUAACAGGAAAGUGCAAAUCAGAACAUUCAUGUAAACGGUGCGGAAAACGACAUCAUACGUCCCUACAUCCAGCUGAUUCUGAGUCUGUGGAACCCUCACCGCAGCAGAUAAGUGGUGUUCCUAGGCUAGAUAGCUCGACGGCGAAUGCGGCUAGCACAUCUUCGGUGCCAGUCAACAACGGAUCAGUUCUUUGCUCAAACGUAGACGCUGAUCAAGAUACGCUGCUGGCAACAGCACUUGCUUUGAUUCGCGGAACGGGAAAGCAAGUUAUGCAGUGCAGAGCAGUGCUAGAUUCUGCUUCGCAUAAGCACUUUAUCACGGAAGGAUUGGUUUCGAAACUCGGAUUGAAACAGAAGCGAGCUAACUACACGAUUCUUGGGAUUGGUGGUAAUCAGAUGGCCAUUCAGUUCAAGGUACACGCAAGAAUCAAAUCAAAAGUAAGUGAAUAUGAGUCACCAUUUUUGGAGUUCCUGGUGGUCAAAAAGAUUACGGGCGAGCUUCCGAUGCAGCGCUUCGAGGUAACCCAGUUGAAGAUUCCAGAAAAAAUCGAGCUUGCCGAUCCCGGAUUCAACGUUCCCGGUCAGAUAGACGUUCUGAUUGGAUCUGGUCUUUUCUUCAAGUUGAUCAAGCACGGUCAGUUAAACUUGGCUGAUAACUUGCCAGCAGUGCAGGAGACAUCCCUUGGUUGGAUUGUGAGUGGUCUGAUUCCAACUAACCAACUAGGCGUUGGUGGUUCGCUAUGUACGAUGGUAACUGAGGAUAAUAUCGGUAAGUUACUUGAACGUUUUUGGCAUUUCGAUUCCUAUGACGAAACGACGGUUCGAGAGAAUUCUUCAGAAGAUGCUUGCGUCGCUCAUUUUCUCGAGACAUACCGACGAGAUGACCACGGAAGAUUUUUCGUUCGGCUGCCAUUCAACGAGGCGAAGGAGCAGUUGGGCGAUUCUGAAAGCAUGGCCAGGAAAAGAUUUUUGGCUGUCGAACGAAGACUGGAUAAGGAUCCGAACCUGAAAGAGCAAUACGUUGCUUUUAUGAGCGAAUAUGAAGAAAUGGGUCACAUGGUUGAAAUUACGCCCUCAUCGACCGAAGAUUCGACUGAAGCUUUCUACGUUCCCCAUCAUUGUGUUUUGAAGCCAACUAGUACCACAACUAAACUGCGGGUGGUAUUUGAUGGUUCAGCGGAAUCGUCUUCCGGAGUGUCUAUCAACCAAACUCAAAUGGUUGGUCCGACAGUACAGAACGAUUUGGUCUCCAUUCACCUGAAAUUUCGAACGUUUCAGUACGCUGUGAGUGCAGAUGUCCCGAAAAUGUACAGGCAGGUUUGGAUGGACGAAGAUUUUCUGCGAAUUUUUUGGAGAAUUAACCGUGAUAAACCUCUGAAAGUCUAUACGUUGAAGACAGUGACGUAUGGGCUUGCAUCUUCACCGUUCUUGGCUACGAUGGCACUGAGGCAACUUGCUAAUGAAGAAGAAGAGCGUUUCCCCCUUGCAGCGGCGGCUGUGAAAAAAUCUUUCUACAUCGAUGAUAUGCUUGCUGGUGCGAAUACGCUCGAGGAAGCUAUGGAGCUACUGAGGCAGAUUACCAGCAUGCUGCACGACGGUGGGUUCGGCAUACACAAGGUGUGUUCGAAUUCGAAGGAACUGUUGGAAAUGGUUCCCGAAGAAAGGCGUGAAAAAUUGGUGACGAUUGAUGAUGCGACUGUCAAUUGUCUGAUGAAAACUCUUGGAAUCGUGUGGGACCCAAGUAGUGAUUUAUUCACUUUCCAUAUUCCGGAGUCAUCAACGUCGGUGCAGCUGACAAAGCGGGUAAUUUUGAGCGAGAUUUCCAAGAUCUUUGACCCGCUGGGUUUCCUUGGACCAGUGCUUACUGCGGCAAAGCUGAUUAUGAGAGGGCUGUGGCUUCUUGAAUUUCAUUGGGAUGACAUCCUACCGCAAGAAUUGGUGGUGCUCUGGACGGAAUUUCGGAUCAAUUUGCAGAAGUUGAACGGAUUGGAGAUUCCACGUUACGUGCUGACGCAAGAAACGCUGAAGAUUUUCGUUGGAAACCGGGUGAAGGAAAUCCAAUUGCUGACGAACGGAUAUGAUUGGCGAUACAUUCCGUCGAAAUCGAACCCGGCAGACCUGAUUUCAAGAGGUGUCCAACCGAACCAAUUGCAGAGUCAAGAAAUUUGGUGGACAGGGCCAGAAUUCUUGAAGCAGGUAAAGUUCAAAAUCGACACUCCUCCUCCGGUUCCGGAAGAGAUUAUCCCGGAAGUGCGGGGAAUCGUUCUUCUCAACUUGACUAUCUGCAUCAGACUGAAAAUAUUUGAUAAUAUCAGUCGAUUUUCGAUUAUGCAACGAGCCAUGGCCUACGUUAUUCGUUUUACGGAUUUCAUCAGAAGUGGAAGAAGGCAACUUACCAAAGGGUUGUUGACAGCGGAUGAGAUGAAACGUGCAGUGCUGCUAAUUGUGCGUUUAGUUCAACGGGAAGGUUUCGAAAAGGAAAUAAGAGCGUUGACGGAGGAAAAGGACUUCAAGUACCCGUUGAAAUGCUUGAACCCUUUCAUCGAUGAGAAGGAUGACAUACUUCGAGUGGGAGGACGGAUUAGAAACGCUCAGAUUCCUUACGGCAGUAAACAUCAGUUACUUCUGCCUGCAAACCAUCCAGUGACGAUUGCCAUUGUCCGAUAUCUCCAUAAGAGCAACAUGCAUAUUGGUCAGCGUGCAUUGCUUGCUGUUGUGAGGCAACAAUAUUGGCCUCUUAGAGCCAAGACUGUUAUUCGAAACGUGAUCCAUAAGUGCACACCUUGCUAUCGAGCAAACCCGAAGAGAGCGACGCAGUUGAUGGGAGAUUUGCCAGAAUACAGAGUACAAGCAACGUAUCCAUUCGCCAACGUCGGAGUGGAUUUCGCCGGUCCGUUCACACUGAAGGCUGCGGUUUCUGUUAGGAAAGGUGUGAUGACCAAAGGGUACGUGUGCGUCUUUGUGUGUAUGGCUACGCGGGCUAUACAUUUGGAAGCAGUUUCAAGUCUUUCAACCGAUGCGUUCUUGGCAGCGCUUCAACGCUUUGUGAGCAGAAGGGGUCUACCGUCAAAGAUUAUCUCAGAUAAUGGCACCAACUUCGUUGGUGCAAAUAACGAACUUGCGAAGCUUGCCAAGCUGUUCGAAACGGAAAUGCAUCAGAAGAGGCUGAAUGAAUUUUGCGUUCAGCGAAACAUCGAUUGGUCUUUUAUACCUCCCCGUAGUCCGCACUUCGGAGGGAUAUGGGAAGCUGGGGUGAAAUCCGCCAAAUUUCACCUCCGGCCGAUUCUGGCCGAUCACAAACUUUCAUAUGAAGAAUUGUCAACGACAUUGGCGCAAAUUGAAGCAACGUUGAACUCGCGCCCAUUGAUUCCAUCAUCGGACGACCCAAACGAUAUGACAGCUAUUACUCCGGCACAUUUUUUGAUCGGCCGGGAGUUUCAGGCUUUGGCAGAACCAUCGUACGAAAACGUCAAGGUUGGCAGGUUGUCUAGAUGGCUGGUUCUUCAGGACUUGAGGCAAAAGUAUUGGCGGACUUGGUCGACAGAUUAUCUCCAGGAGCUUCAACGGCGUCAACGGGAUUUCAAGAUCACCAAGUUCAAGAUUGGAGCAUUAGUGUUGAUCGUGGACGAUAAUCUACCUCCACUUCAGUGGAGUCUUGCGCGUAUCACGGAGUUGCAUCCGGGCAAGGAUGGCCACGUGCGAGUGGUUACAAUGAAGACGAAGGAUUCGAUCAUCAAACGAGCGGUGAAGAAUGUGUGCUUGUUGCCGCUAGAUGAAGAAGAUGCGGCUAAUCCCGAAACUAUUCCGGAAGUUUGA